ACAUCGAAAUAUGUUUAUUUGCGAUUGUGAAUUUUUUAAGCGGUCUUGAAGCAACGGAGAACGAUUAGCUGUUUAAAUAAGUAAUCAUUUCACUCUUGCGCCCCGGAACUGUCUGUUCGUAGAUUUUUGAGUUAAACUCGGACAUAAUUCGUUGACGGACUGUACACAAACCAACGUGUGUAAGAUUUUUUUUGGUAAAUUUAGCUUUUCAUUAAUAACACAAGUUGUGUGUCUUACUAAAUCUAAUACAAGCGUAAGUUUGAAUAACAAAAAACCCACGAACUAAAUCGACUCCCCAGAAGCUAACUUGUUUUUUUAAUGUAGGAAAUUAACACCACAUACGGAUGACAUCAUGUGCACAUCUUCAUGGUGAUCGGAAAGAUCUGUAGAUUUGGUGGGGGAUUUAGGUCUUGUGUGCUCCUACCAUCCACCCGUCUUUUUACCAGUUCCGCCACCAUGGCCAAGAGCAAGUUUGAAUAUGUCCGCAACUUUGAAACAGAUGACACUUGUCUGCGAAAUUGCUACAUUGUUGUGAGACUGGAUGGUCGCAACUUUCACAAGUUUGCAGAGCAGCACUCGUUUACAAAGCCCAAUGAUAACCGGGCUUUGGGACUGAUGGCCAGGAGUGCACGCUCUGUCAUGGAAGAACUAGAGGAUAUUGCCAUCGCUUACGGUCAAAGUGAUGAGUUCAGCUUUGUUUUCAAGAGGACCUCAACCUGGUUCAAAAGGAGAGCCAGUAAGCUCAUGACCCACGUGGCCUCCCAGUUCUCCUCCUCAUACGUGUUUUUCUGGAAGGAGUUUUUUGGUGAACAGCCCCUCUCGUAUCCCCCAAGCUUUGAUGGACGCGUAGUCCUGUAUCCCAGCAACCGUAACCUCAGAGACUACCUCAGCUGGCGGCAGGCAGACUGUCACAUAAAUAAUUUAUACAACACGGUGUUCUGGACGUUAGUACAGAAAGGAGGGCUCACCACAACACAGGCAGAGGAUCGCCUAAAGGGGACGUUAGCUGCAGAUAAAAAUGAGAUUCUAUUCUCAGAGUUUGACAUCAACUACAACAAUGAAUCUGCCCUCCACAAGAAAGGCACCACGCUCAUUUGGGAAAAGCGAGAUGAAACGAUCACGAAACGCAUGAAGCUACCAAACGAAGAGGAGAAGGACGUGUCGGUCACGCGGAGCAGGAGGAGGGUGGAGGCCUACCACUGCGACAUUAUAGGGGAUCAGUUCUGGGAGGAGCAUCCCGACAUCUUGGAGGACGACAACUGCUAAUGUCGGAGAACUGCUCUGAAGUCAUCACUGCUUCACAUCGACUCGUGUCGAACAGCAUGUUACCCGUGAAGCUUGACAUGUGAAAUGACACUGAAGACUAUUGACUUUGUACAAUUACGUUAUCGCAGCUGGACCGUAUUCUUACAUUGUAUUAAACUCUGAUCAUAAUU